UCCAAGUUGCGCGAGGGAAGUCAGUUUCUGCCAAGGCAGCAGGAGAGGCGAAGAAGGUACGGAUUGCAUUUUCAGAGGCAGAGGCGAUAGAACGAAUUCGUUUUCAGUAAGAACGGUGAAGCUCGAGCGCGGCCGAUUGCAGGGAGAGAGAUUUUCUCAUUGUUGUGGCGGUUUUAAUCGUGCAGGAAGUGCACGACAAUCAAAAAGGGGAAUCGGAUUGCAGCCAAGAAUAAAUACGUAAAUUGGUACCACUGGUUUGCUAGUCCUCUGUUCUAUAGAGGGUAAUUGCUUUGAAGCCAUUGAUGGGUUCAAUCAAUGAAGUUGCCUCAGAAACAAGUUCCAGCAAACCCCCAGGAAUUGGACUAAUAGAAUACAUUAAAAAGUCGCCUCUCUCCUACAAAACACAUCAGGCUAUUGUCCUAAUAGUAACUUUCUUGGCAUACUCAGCUUAUCAUGCUAACAGGAAGACAGCCAGUGUUGUGAAGAGUGCCCUUGAUCCACAAUCUCCAGACAGAGACCAGCAUUCCAUCAUCUUCUUAACAAGAAGGGAUCCAUGGUUGCUGGGAUCUGGAUGGGCACCAUUUAAGGGUCAAAAUGGAACAGAGUUGCUCGGUGAUCUGGACGUUGCUUUUCUCUUCGCGUACGCCAUGGGAAUGUUCUUUUCAGGACAUAUGGGAGACAGGAUGGAUCUCAGGAUAUUUCUGACUACAGGAAUGGUUGGAACCGGCAUGUUUAGCAUCCUCUUCGGAAUCGGAUACUGGGCAAACAUCCAUGUUUUCUACUACUAUUUGAUCGUCCAGAUGCUUGCAGGAUUGUUCCAAUCCACUGGAUGGCCUUCAGUCGUAGCCGUUGUGAGCAAUUGGUGUGGGAAAAAGAAGAGAGGGCUCGUUAUGGGAAUAUGGAAUUCUCAUACAUCUCUAGGCAACAUUACAGGUUGUAUUGUAGCUUCCACACUGUUGAAGUACGGAUGGGGAUGGUCCAUGGUUGCCCCUGGUUUAGGUAUUUUCUUAAUGGCCAUUCUGCUCUUCUUAUUCCUACCGGUAAGCCCCGAGUCGGUUGGCGCUGAUACAGAUGACGAAAACAAUCUCCUCUUAGCCCAAAAAGAAGGGGAUAAUACUACGACACCUCUCGUGAGAACAACUUUAGAAGAGAACAACGACGCCGUGGGAUUCAUAGAAGCAUGGAGAAUUCCCGGUGUUUCGACAUUUGCGUUAUGUCUUUUCUUUUCUAAAUUGGUGGCAUAUACGUUUCUGUACUGGCUGCCAUUCUACAUUAGUCACACAGCUAUUCAGGGGAGAUACUUAUCGAACGAGGAGUCUGGAAACUUAUCGACAGUUUUUGAUGUCGGAGGAGUGGUUGGAGGGAUCCUUGCAGGCCACAUUUCAGACCAUCUAAACGCAAGGGCCAUAACAGCCGCAAGUUUCAUGUACUGUGCGAUACCUGCCCUCUUCUUCUACAGAAGCUAUGGGCACGCAUCGAUGACUUGGAACGUCAUACUCAUGUUUAUAACGGGAUUAUUUGUGAAUGGACCCUAUGCCCUCAUAACCACAGCAGUUUCUGCCGAUCUAGGGACACACAGUUCGCUAAAGGGCAAUGCACGUGCCCUAGCCACGGUCACUUCCAUUAUAGACGGCACAGGCUCAAUUGGGGCUGCCAUUGGGCCGCUGCUUACGGGUUAUAUUUCCGCCAGGAGCUGGAAUGCAGUGUUCACUAUGCUAAUGGGUGCAGCCCUGAUCGCGGGUCUACUUCUUACAAGGCUGGUUAUGGCUGAGGUGGCCGAGAAAAUUCAGAGGCUGAGGACACAAGAAGUUCCUACAUCAUGGUGCCCUGCGUCGGAUGUAUGACUAUGACUACUACUCAGGUAAUAUUCCGAUAACUCAUGUCUGUAUAUAUAUGUAUGUUUUUGUCUAGAUUCAGUUUUUCGACGGAGGUUAUAUUAUUAAAGCGUAUGCAUGAGAGUUUAGGUCUGGCCAGAAGUGUCUAUACAAAUAGGGGGAAUCAUGUUGUUGCACAUUCUUGUAGAGUUACAGCGUAUACACGACUAAAUGGAAUGGUCAUUAAUA